GUGAUUAUUUUUGACUGGGACGACACACUACUUUGCAGCUCGGCCAUCAAUGCGCAGCAAUGGCGGCAGGACCAGUUGGAGCAGCUCGAGCAGAUGGUCGAGUCAAUCCUGCUCACGGCCAUGCAUUUGGGAGAGACGAUGAUUGUCACGAACGGCAAUGCUUCCUGGGUACAGGACAGUGCUCGCCGAUUCCUGCCGAACCUGCAGCGAACGCUGAAUCGCGUUACAGUGAUGUCCGCGAGGGCCAUAUACGAGCACUCAUUCCCUGGCGAUCCAUUUGCAUGGAAGCGACAGGCGUUUAAGGAGAUUUUGGCACGACGUCGCCAAGAGGGUUUCCAUCCUGAAGGGGUGAACCUCAUCGUUCUUGGAGAUUCGCCUGCCGAGAUUCAGGCCGCUCGAACGGCCACCAAAGUGCUUUGUGGCAG